AUGGCUUUUCUUCUCAAUCAGGCUGAGGGGCAUUGUUACUUCGCCGGUGAGAUGCUCGCAGGCCGGCACAGCCACACAGCUCCACCUCUGCAAAAAUCUUCACUACACUCGCCCUGUCUUGAUGGUGUCGGUACACUCUUCGGUUCGACUUUGAGGGAAGGUUCCUAUAAUACUAGUAUGGACAUCAGCGAGGACGAAGCUUUUGCAUCACGGCUGGACACGGAUAUCACUCCGAGUACUUACCAUACUUCUUGGCUGCUUGAUGGAGGCCGACCGGACAACUCUCCACCGACACCUAGACUCACUCCAAUUCAGAAGCUCCCGUGGCUCCCACCUUCCGAGUAUUCCGAGUUCCAACGCCAGCGCGAGGCAGCAAAGGGUCGUCACAAUGUUUUCAAUCCAUACCGAACGGCACUCGAGGACACACCUGUGGGAUCGCCCGUUGACACCAGUUGUACGUCUGUAGAGCCUGGAAGCGAUGACGAUGAUGAUGGCUCCGCAUAUUAUGGUCAUGAUCACGUACACGACGUCUCCUCGGGCGCGCAUACACCGUCCCGUCGAAACUUCGACAGCGACGACGACGACGACGACGACGACGACGACGACGACGACGACAGGGCGAUGGAAGGCCAGGAUAGCGUGAUCGGACAGCCUCCCUACUCUUUCAAUCAUGACUAUCUUCCAGAGGACGCAUACAACAAUGUCAAUGCACCAGAGGAGACGGCAUCGUCGAUGUCUAAUCCAAGGCACGAGAGGAGCAUUGCUGCGACCAGAAAUGACUCCUAG